AUGUCUCUUCGGAAAAGGCACGAUACGGGGAUCGUAACUAUAGCAGCAGAAUAUGAAGAUCGAGCAAGUUUGCAAGACGACAAUUCGACGCUCAUCUUGAGAAAUAUAACCGUCGCUGAUGAGGGGACCUAUCGCUGUGUCGUGGACCGGCAAGGCCAGAUUGCAGUGACCAAUACCGAAACCAAGCUCAAUGUGUUCAGUCUUCGCCCUGAUACGCUUCCAGUGAUCACACCUAAUUGCACCUGGACUGUCGAUGCUUCAUCCUGCAGAAUUCAUGACAACCAAUCCUUCAAUCUUACCUGUACACUCCCUAACGUUUAUCCUGUUGAAGAUACUGAACUCAUUUGGUAUCAAGAUGGACAACGUGUCUCAUCUACCGAUGACGUUACGCAGAACGAUGACGGGACCACCGAUAUCAGUCGACAGAUUCAGGUGUCUGAAACAGGAAACUUUACCUGUAACGCCACUUAUCUUUCGGUUAAUGUAAAAGAGAACACAGCCGCAUCAGUUGAAGCAUGGAUCACACUAUCCGUAGACGUAACAACAUCACCGGGAAAUAAUUUGAAGAAAGGUCAAAUCGCCGGGAUAAUUGUGUCGCUUGUUGGCAUCUUCCUGGUGAUCAUGAUCCUUUGCAUCUACAUCUAUCAUCGGAAAAGGCGAGGUUAUAACCCCAUUCUAAAGGAUAUCCCACUCGAUACCCAACCUGAUAAAGGUCUUCUACCGUCCACUGAUGAUUUCGACGAUACUUUGGUGGCAGUUGCCAAAAAGUCCGCAAGGACGCGGAAAUCGACACAUUAG